CUCUCACUAGUUCAUCGCUGUCGCCGUAUGAAAGCCGGCAAGUCUUGCGUAGAUUUCAUGCUCAUCGUGCACCUCAUGCAGCUCGUGUGCAAGUGUACAAGCAUGCAACGCGUCAGAAUGAGAAGCGUCUGUGACAUCUACGAACAACACGUUCGGGGAUUCAACUACGCCCCAUCGCAGCGAACAUUUUUACACUGGAACCAGAAUGGCGGCAAGUUCGCCACCAUUGCUUCAGGCGGUUCGAUUUAUGCACUUAUACUCAUCGCGGAGGCUGGACUGCGUUCGACGGUCGUGAAAUCCAUUGGCGAUUUCGCCUCUAAGCUUGCGAACGUACUUCGCGAUCCCGAUCCCGAUACCCCUGCGGGCAAACAAGUCAUAGAACACGUUAUUCCGGCCAUCUCUAGUCUUCGCCAAUCCCUGCCCCUUCGAUUCGACACAAUGUUCUCUCCCGGUCUUCUGGCUGAGCUGAAGCUGAGCUCCGACUCGUUGACCUGCUCAGAUUUGCGACAAUCUGAUCAGGUUUUUGACUCUUUACUGCUGAACAACUUCACAGAGGUUGAUAGAAACUGGGGUGUCUGGGCAACGUGCCUUGAUCCAGUGGAGCACCCCGCCGAGCUGGGAACCAUCGCCCUGACUCACGCCAGCCAAUCUCUUUUCAGGCCGGAAUUCCACGUAGUACAGGAUCAUCCGUCUCCGAUGACGGUGGAUGAUGAAGAUGACGAUGUGGAGGAAGACUCAGAGGGAAGCUCGACAACACCCGACUCGCCUUGUGCUACGGUAACAAUAGCCGGCUUGGAUCUAGAGGAAGAAUCACUCCUUGCAAAUCCGGUGCCCAAAUCACCCGAAGACGCAUUUGCAUGGACCGAGACGCAGCGCGCUUUAGCGCAAUCGGCGGAGGAACCUGAGACUCUGGAGGAGCUACAAGAUCUAGAUACGUUACCGUGGUGCCGUCUGUUCUCAGGUGUGUUGUUCCCUCACGAUCCCUCCUCAAAACUGUUUCAUCUCAUUAUUCUCAGCGAACCCCUCAGAAUUUCGGAUUCUCGAGGUGGUCUGGUCGCGAGCGUAUAUGCCAACAUGCCGGACCAUUUGAAACAGAGGCUGAUGGCGAACUUGAUCGCCUGCUUCGAAGAUCAGCCAGAGAACCUGCAACACAUGUGCUCUGCAUCUCAAGGAGCCGAGUUCAGUUUCCCCGCGCUUCACUAUGCAUGGUAUAACAGGCACGGGACCAGGGGCCAUGGAAUAUCUGCGCAGUCCCACCCUAUGCUCAUUGAAAAAGACGGAAAUUCGCGGACGAACUACGCGCAGAUGUUACCGUACGUCUCGGCCGAUAUGCGAAAGCAUUCCGACAUCUACGAAAUCUUGGAAGCAACGUUCAGCGAAGUAUUGGAAUAUAUGGCUGAACAGAUCAUGCAUACGCUGCCCGACGAGUACGAUGAGUUACGCCUGGACGCAGAAGUCCUUCCCGGCAACGCUCACUCAAUUGCUCACCCUUUCCUAUCCCUUGUUGUCAACAUCAAUGUGGCUACCCUGGCUCAC